AGUCGCCGCGAAUGUAAAACUAAAGUGUGUGAUCCUGUUCGAAGAUAUUCACCAUGGAGAAAAUUAAGGUAGGACCGAUUGUGGACAUUUUGGGAGAUGAGAUGACGAGAAUUAUUUGGGAGGAAAUUAAGGAGAAGCUCAUCUUCCCGUAUUUGGAUAUCGAUCUGCACAUUUACGAUCUGGGAUUAGAAAAUAGGGACAAGACAAACGAUCAGAUUACGAUAGAGUGCGCGGAGGCGUUAAUGAGGUUUAACGUUGGUGUUAAGUGCGCGACGAUUACUCCCGAUGACAAAAAGGCGAAGGAGUUUAACUUGAAGAGAACAUGGAAUUCUCCCAACUGCACCAUUAGGAAUAUACUGGGGGGUACCGUUUUUCGGGAGGCGAUAAUAUGCAAGAAUAUUCCGCGGUUCGUGACCUGCUGGUCCAAACCGAUCGUGAUUGGGCACCACGCCCAUGCAGAUCAAUACAACGCGACCGAUUUCAUCGUUCCGUGCCCCGGUAAGCUCGAGCUGGUCUACAAACCAAAGGACGGCAAAGAAGAACGUUACAUGGUACACGAUUACAAAGCCGCAGGAAUUGCUAUGGGGAUGUUUAAUACUGACGCAUCCAUAAUCAAUUUUGCCCAUUCCUCUUUUCAGUACGCUUUAGAGCGUAGUUACCCCUUAUUUUUAAGCACCAAGAACACUAUUUUGACGCAAUAUGACGGGCGGUUCAAAGACAUUUUCCAAGAGCUCUACACCCGGGAGUACAAGAAACAAUUUCGUGCAAAGGGCAUCUGGUACAAGCACUACUUAAUUGACGAAAUGGUCGCUUACGCGAUACAGUCAGAGGGCGGUUUUGUCUGGGCGUGCAAGAACUACGACGGUGACGUACAGUCGGACUGUGUCGGCCAAGGGUAUGGAUCGUUGGGAUUAAUGACUUCGAUAUUGGUCAGCGCCGACGGGAAAACAGUUCAAGCCGAAGCAGCCCAUGGUACCGUCACCCGUCAUUUCCCAAUCUACCAGAAGGGCGGAGAAACGUCCACCAACUCUGUCGCGUCUAUUUUCGCUUGGACGCGCGGUUUGCAGCACAGAGCCAAAUUGGACGACAAUCAGAAAUUGCUCAGGUUCACGCAGAUCCUGGAAACCGUUUGCAUUGAAACCAUCGAAUCUGGUUUUAUGACCAAAGAUUUGGCAAUGUGCGUGCGAGGGAAGAGAAACAUACAGCGAUCUGACUACAUGGAAACUUUUGAAUUUAUUAAUAAAGUUGCGGAAAAUCUAAAACACAAACUAUAUACAUAAAGCUUACAAUGUAUUCCUCAUAUUUCUACUUAUCUUGUUAUACGACAGUAGUGGUAAUUAUGAAAGGGCUACUGAGUAUACCUAAUUAGCUUACAAACAAUAAUAAGUACUAUGUACAUACCUAUAAUUUGAAUGAUUGUG